GGAUGCUCGGAGCCGGGGCGGCCCGGAGCGUCUCCCGGCCGGAGCUGUCCUCCAGCACCCUGCCCCUCGGCGGCCGCACGGACACUGCGAGCAGGGGCGGCCAUGCAGGAGCCGCUGCUGGGAGCCGAGGGCCCGGACUACGACACUUUCCCUGAGAAGUCCCCGUCGCCGGGGGAGAGGACGCGGGUCGGGGCCCCACAGAACAAGAGGGUGUUCCUGGCCACCUUUGCCGCCGUGCUGGGCAAUUUCAGCUUCGGGUAUGCCCUGGUCUACACGUCCCCUGUCAUCCCAGCCCUGGAGCACUCCUUGGACCCGGACCUGAGUCUGACCAAAACCCAGGCAUCCUGGUUUGGGUCCGUAUUCACCUUGGGUGCGGCAGCUGGGGGCCUCAGUGCUAUGGUUCUCAACGACCUCCUGGGCCGGAAGCUCAGCAUCAUGUUCUCCGCUGUACCAUCAGCAGCCGGCUACGCGCUCAUGGCAGGUGCCCACGGCUUCUGGAUGCUGCUGCUGGGGAGGACGCUGACAGGCUUCGCUGGGGGGCUCACUGCUGCCUGCAUCCCGGUGUACGUGUCUGAGAUUGCUACCCCGAGUGUUCGUGGGGCCCUCGGGGCCACGCCCCAGCUCAUGGCAGUGUUCGGAUCUCUGUCCCUCUACGCCCUUGGCCUCCUGCUGCCGUGGCGCUGGCUGGCUGUGGCCGGAGAAGGGCCCGUGCUCAUCAUGAUCCUGCUGCUCAGCUUCAUGCCCAACUCCCCUCGUUUCCUGCUCUCACGGGGCAGGGACACGGAGGCCCUGAGGGCGCUGGCCUGGCUCCGUGGGGCCGACACCGACAUCCGCUGGGAGUUCCAGCAGAUCCAGGACAACAUCCGCAGACAGCAACUGAUGGGCAUCACGCCCAUCCUCGUCUACCUGCAGCCCAUCUUCGAAAGCACUGCCGUCCUUCUGCCCCCGAAGGAUGAUGCGGCCAUUGUGGGGGCCGUGAGGCUCUUCUCCGUGCUGAUCGCCGCCCUCACCAUGGACCUGGCUGGCCGCAAGGUUCUGCUCUUCAUCUCAGCCACCAUUAUGUUUGCGGCCAACCUGACACUGGGGCUGUACGUCCACCUCGGUCCGAAGCCUCUGACUCCCAACAGCACCAUGAGCACCAUGGGCCUCCAGAGUGUGCCCUUGGGGGACACAGAGCAGCCCCUGGCCACCCCCUCCAGCUACCUCACCCUCUUGCCCCUGGUGGCCACCAUGCUCUUCAUCAUGGGCUACGCCAUGGGCUGGGGGCCCAUCACCUGGCUCCUCAUGUCAGAGAUCCUGCCCCUGCAAGCCCGUGGUGUGGCCUCGGGGCUCUGCGUGCUUGUCAGCUGGCUCACGGCCUUUGCCCUCACCAAGUCCUUCCUGCUGGUGGUGAACGCCUUCGGCCUCCACGUGCCUUUCUUCUUCUUCGCUGCCAUCUGCUUGGCCAGCCUGGUGUUCACUGGCUGCUGGGUGCCUGAGACCAAGGGCCGGUCGCUGGAGCAGAUUGAGUCCUUCUUCCGUACCGGGAGGAGGUCCUUCCUGCACUAGGUGAGGGUCCCCGCCCAGGGGGGGCCAAACCACUGGGUGCAGGGCCUCUGCGCUGGCCACGAACCUGCACGCCGAGCCCAGAAGGCAGCAGCAAUCUGUCAUCGGACAGAGCACAGGAGGACCAGACAGAAGCAUGGCAGGGCCCUAACAGGGCACGUUCCGGCUCUGGGCAGGCAGCCCCCUCUCCAUCCUGGGCCCCAGCUCAGGCAGCCUGCCGUGUUGCACGCUCAUCGGCCAAGACGCACCGGCAGAGGAGGCAGCCGUGGGUCACAGGGGAGCACACGGCCCAGAGGCCGGACAAGGCCCUGCUGGCUGACCUGUGGCCUGGUUCCUUACUUAGGUGCAGAGGAUGCGCCCACAGAGGGCUAGAACGAGAGAGCACAGGGUGGGAGAUGGUGGAUGGCUCCACACAGGGACGUCAUCGUGCCAUUUUGUUCUGAUCCGCUUAGUCACCAUGGAACAACUUGACUACAGGGAGGAAGACAGAUCUGUACUUCUAAAAGCUUAUGGGUACUACGGGGAACAUUCUAGACUCCCAAAGGCCAGGGCCCAAGACACAGCACAGACACUUCCUCCUGCACCCACCCAACCUCGAAACGGGGCUCAAGUGCUCCUGUCUGCAAACCAUGUUCACCCUGUGGCAGGAUGGGGUCUAUUGCAGGUGGGGGAGCCCACCCAGCAGCCAGGUUUGGCUAGACCCAAACUCUCAGCCAAGGUUGCCAGGGCCUGCUGCCCUAGGCAAGGCCCCCUCCCACCACCCCCGACCUGUCCACAGUAAGGCAGAGGGAAGGGGCAAGGCAGCCUGCGGGGAAGAGCCUGGCCGCAGGAUGGCUCUGUCCCACAGGCUCAGCCCUUCCCAGCUGUGUGACCUCGGCAAACCACAUUCCUCGUCUGAGAUGCUGUGAGCAGGAAUGGGACAGGGCCAGCCGCACAGAAGGUCCUCAAUAAAAUGGCAGUUACUCCCAGG